AUGUGGAUUCUUCCAUUGAUCGGCUACGCAGGCGCCAUUGGAGGCUUCUGCUUUCUGACGCUCGCCAUCGCAUCCGGCCUCUACUACCUGUCCGAGCUCGUGGAAGAGCACACCGUCAUGGCCAAGCGCCUGCUCACUCGUCUCAUCUACACCAUCAUCGGCGUCCAGCUCGCCCUGUGGCUGGUGGACGGAUUCCCCUUUGGCGCGACUGUGCUCGGGGUUUUCGUUCACGUCGUCUACCUGGGCAACAUGCGAAGGUUCCCGUUUGUGAAGCUGUCUGACCCUUUGUUCCUGCUGUCAUGCGUCUUGGUCCUCGUCCAUCAUUACGUCUGGUUCCGAUACUUCUCCAACGCCCAGACGCGCGCGUACCAGCGAUCCUCAUACUACGACCAGGCCGACCUGCCAAGCUUCUCCAUGAUCGCCUCCUACUUUGGCCUCUGUGUGUGGCUGGUCCCGUUUGCGCUCUUCGUCAGCUUGUCUGCCAGCGACAACGUACUGCCUACCAUGGGCACCGAGCCAUUGCGCGGCGCCGACGGCAAGCCCAAGCCGCAGGGCAUGGUGAAGGCGCUGGUUGAUUAUGUUCGGGGCGCCAUCGGCGCCAUUGCUGGCUCCAAUAAUUUGGGACGACCGUGA